GAGCGGCUAAUACUCGUUAGCUGUGCUAGCUAACUGGUUAGCCUGCUUUGCUAGCUGAUAGGCCGCAAACUAGUGAGGUCCCCAUCACAUCUCCAGCUACAGACACUCACAGAGGAAGUGAAGUAUCCUAUCAUCGCAGCCUAAAACACCCGUGGUCGUGGUCAGUUCCUGUGGUUUACAACAAGGGCAACUACUUUGUGAAGUUUAAAAAUCAAGCUAAUUUACUUGUUACUGUCUUUUUUCAACUUCGACGCAUCGCUCCGUACCGCCGCUAGUUUACAAGCGAAGAAGGGCUGCUACCGUUGCCCUGAGCCCUCUUCUCUCACCAACAACUUGCCCCCACAGAGGAUUUUUAACACCCUAACAAAUACAAAAUUAAUCAAAUUUAAAAUAUACAACUACGACUACAACAGUAGAAUAUUUGCCAAGCGGCCCCUCGUUUGUAUUUACCUCUGAAGUGGGCCGUUUUAAUUCAUUGGUCUGACACAGGUUGGGUUUAGUUUUCGGCACAAAGCUCUCUGUCCGUUCAGCUCAGUCAGUGCUGACUGUGUGAAGGCUGGGUGCACAGCGCCUCCCUCGGUCUCACGUGAGUACUGCAGCACCAAAUACAUGGCGGGAGUCAGAAACCAACAGCUCGCGCACCAAAAUCACAUCACCGGAUUGUAGGGUUUAUCAUUAACAUAUCUCCCGUGUCAACAAUAUGUUGAGUUAAUUACAUACAUUACUGAUUUUUAAUAUUAAUUCCCAUAUGUAUGAUAUCAUAUGCCUGUUUCGUGUGCGUGUGCGUGUGUAUGUGCGUGUUAUACAACUACUACUUUGAGUAACCAGAUUACUCGAAGUAAUCAUUAUCAUAAUUGUAGUAGAUUCUGCUUUUCUAUUUUAAAAGGCAAAAGUCUGUCAACACUUAUUUCUGCGACCAACAGCACGUUUACAAAUAUGUGUGUAUUGUAUCGUUGUUAUUACCACUCAAACUACUAGUAGUACACUACGUGUGGCGUUAACUUUCUCUGUAAAGUAAGGACUUGUGAGAGUAGAGACACCUGGUGGUCAACUGGUAGAUAACAACUGAAAAAGUCGUUCAACUUUACCCAUUGCGUGAAUGCUGCACACCGGCUGCUUUUAUUAUUUCACAUAUUGCAUCCGACAUUGUAUAUGUUCCGUUGGUUAUGUGCAUCAACCAUUUAGUAUGUUUCUCAUUACAUGCGCAGGAGUAGUUUUUCAUUGAGACAUUUGGUUGCAGUUGAAUGCACAUACAUUCAGACAUUGUUCAGAAAGGUACCAUGUGACAGGACAAACUCCUUUUUUUUGUUGUUUUUUUGACGUCACCUCCUUAAUUUCCGGUUUUGAUAUCUCUGGCGAACUUGGUCCGAUUCGCUCUAUCUAGUGUAUUCACUCACGUACAGUCUGAGGUUUCCACCGCUUGGAGUGCUGUCAGAUAUCACAACCGUGAGUUGUCGCGCUUUGGUUACUCUAACCGACUCUGCCGAAGCAUGUUUUCAGCUCCGGGCCGCCCCCUACUUAGUUAGCUCCGUGUAGCCGCUAAUGAGAGCAACCGGCGGCUACAGCCCGACCACGGAAUGCCCCGGAGAAAGAAGAACGGCCAGAGCCCGGCCAGAGUUCCCGACGGGUCGCCAGAGCCGGGAAGCCUCGACCACAACCGGGGUUACCAACCACCGGCUGUAUUUGACGGUGCCAUGGCGAACAACUUUCCAGCCAGCACCUCGCUCCCCAGCUCCGUCAAGGAGAACAUCGUCAAGAGCAUGCAGGAGAUGUUCUCGGACCUGGACCCCGAAGUGAUAUACAUCGUGCUGGCCGAGUCCGAUUUUAAAGUUGAACAUGCAAUGGACUCCUUCUUGGAGCUGUCUAAGGCUGCGAGCCCCGCACCUUCCCAUGUGUCCGGCUUCGAGCGCACUGCCGCGGUCCUGCUCAGCCCGUGUCGCUCCUCUGGACAUGGAGCGGACUCCUCCAGACCAUCCCAGCUGCCCCCCUCUCCUCCUCCCCCCACCAGUCUACUGACCGAGGAGCUGGACCUGCUCGUUGACCAGGAGCUACAGGCUCUAACUGCUCGGCGAGGCGGUGAGGAAGAGCGCUGCAGCAGCCAGUAUUUACCCGUUGGCGUGUCCCUCUCCCCGCUCCCUCCGCUGCCGUUCCAGCAGCAGGUCCUCCCUGAGCUGCUUCAGGCCAGCCUGCAAACUGGAUCUGGAGGGGCCUCUGGAGGGGGCCCGGUUGAGCAUUUCUCUGGAACUUGCUCUCCUCUUGACCGGCUCAGCGUUUGGGAAGACGACAUCGUUAAGAAGCGGCAGCAGUCGGCGGUGGAUUUCACACACCUGAUGGCCGAGUCGCCUGAAGACAAGCCGAAGCCUCCUCUGGACCUGGCACCCUCGGGGCGUCCCUCUGCCUUCCAGGCGUAUAAAAAGCAGCAAGGUCCGUCACACGCUCUCUCAGGCGAGGCCGGGGGCAUGCCCUCGGAAGCGAUGGUUGGCGGGGCGAGAUCCAAGGUGAACGCGUGGAAUCAGGAGCCUCUUAGCCAAAUGUCUUUGCCCUGGAACCUGCAGGCAAAUAUUUUUUCUCCCCGCGUCCACGGAAACCAGGGGCCGUCCUUCAUUACCCCUGUGGCUCAGAUGCCGUCGGUCUGGUCCAGCCAACCCAGGCUUCUCUCUCCCUGGCCGAGUCAGGGCCCUGUCAGCCGAGCACCUCUCAUACCUGCUGCUACCAUUCAAAAGUCCUGGACCCUGCCCGCUGCCCCGCAUCCCCCCUUCCAGCACAGCAGGCUUCGUUUGGAAGGGAAGGUCCUUGUGCUGCUCCGCGGUGCUCCAGGAUCUGGCAAGUCGACCGUGGCAAGAGCCUUCUUAGAGCACAACCCAGGUGGAGUCAGACUGAGCACAGACGAUUACUUCACUCGCCAUGGAGUUUAUCAGUUUGAUCCCGCUGCUCUUGGGGAGGCCCAUGAGUGGAACCAUAAGCAAGCCAAGGAGGCGUUUGAGAGGGCCGCUAACCCCAUCAUCAUUGACAAUACCAACAUGCAGGGCUGGGAGAUGAAACCAUACGUGGCUCAGGCACUGAAACAUGAAUACAAGGUGCUGUUCCGAGAGCCGGACACUUGGUGGAAGAACAAGCCCAGAGAACUGGAGAGACGCACCACACACGAUGUGCCGGUGGAAAAAAUCCGACACAUGCUCGAUAACUACGAGCGCUUCGUCACGAUUAAGUCCAUCAUGGGUUCGCGGAUGCCUGAGAUGAAACGGCGCCUCCUUCUGGAGGACAGCGGCUCGCAGCUCGUGACUUCUAAAACACCUGGUCCUGACCUGGUCGGGCCACCUGGAUUGGGUGAGGGAUGUAGGAAAUCCCGCCCUCAGCUGUACUCCUCCCUCCCCGACGUGUCAUCUUUUGGUCGUUGUAUUGAAGUGGGAACGCUGGAUGAUGGCGGCCACAAAUCCACGGAGUCCCUCAAUUUCCAACCCACUGGAACUCUCAUGGAAAACCCUGCAAUGCCCGACGGGGUCGAUGACAUAGAUUUGGGCGAAUUAGAUUCUGAGUUAGACGCCCACUUGGAGCUGAAUUGUCCAAUAGGAGGUCAGAGAAUCCCAGACUGUAUUGUGGAGUCAGUGAUGAGUGAAGAUCCUUGCGGGGAAGAGCUGCCCGCGGCUUACUCUGAGUCCAUUGCGCAAAGAGUGCGGAGAAUGAGACCGAGCAGGAGGUCGUGUUUUGACAGGUCAGAGCCUGCAGAUCUGGUGAAAGACACUAACCAAUCAGACAGCCAGGCGAAGGAGGCAGAUGGGAGUGAGGCGGCGAGGGAUGGAGGAGAAGAGGGAAGGCCUCAGAUGUUGGAUUUCGCAGGCGAUUGGCCUUGCGGAGCGUCCCUUGAGCAGCGGCGGGUGAGGAGAAGAGAAGGGCAUAAAGACGGAAACGGGAAGGAAGAUGAAGGCGCGCGUCCUGAGGCUGACAGAAAUAAAGCGAAGCUGCUGUCGAAACCCGAUGUGACAGAGUUUCAGAAGCUUCUUGAUCUCAUUCAGACGGGAGCCGCCGACAUACGGACGGACUCUUCCUGUUCAUCCUCGCUUUCCCAGAGCUCUGGGGAGGAACUGGAGAAAGAAGACGAGGAGCAGGCGGUUAACAGCAGCAGAGGGGAGUUACCUGACUGUGUGUUGGACUGGAAGGCGGCUGACUCUCAGGUCCGAGAAUCGAGAAUUGACGGCUUGGAGGAAAUUGCAAGGGGAAAGGACGCCAGACGCACCACAGGAGGAAAGGAUCAUGUGUUAGACAUCGGCAGCGACUCUGUGGAUUUGAAAUUGACCGUCCCAAUGAAUCCCAUUUCAGUUACUGCUGAUCUGCUAAUCAUCUCUGAAACUGUGGAGGCAAAUGUGUGCCAUGAUGGAGUGGGAGGCCACAAUGUCGAAGGUGAUGUCGGUGCAAGGCCAGCCGCUAGUCACACUGAUACGGACAGGACAGAGGAUGGCAGAGAGACUAAAGCUGACGGGAGUCUCAUUAUCGAGGAGGGCUCUGUGGAGGCCGAAAGCAGUGCUUUGAGUGGAGGCAGUCAGGAGAGAAGGCAGCGUCAGGGUCGUAGAUCGGGGAAACAGUGCAAACUGGCGCUCACCUUCACUCAAAACUGCCCUGCUCCCUCACAGAGUUCUUUCGAAUGUCCCAAUAGCGCCGCCCGGAGCGUGACCAGCAUUCAGAAUAGCACCAACACAGACGUGGAACCUGACCGUGGCCUCAAACCCGACCUUGACCUGUACAGAUCCGACGCACGCCCGCAGCCUCCGUCCCCGCUUCCCCCGGCAGACACGGGCAGCCCCACCCAGACGGACCCUCAAGACUUUGCCCUUCUCUGGCGUCUCAAUCAGCGAGGCCACCCCGCCGCGCACGGCAUCGCAGUGCUGUGCGGCGACUCCUCCCGCUUUGUGCCGGAGCUGUCCUCUGCGGUCUCCGCGGCGGUCGCAGUGCACCCGUCCACCCACAGGGAGGUGCCCUACCACGUGGCGCAUGAGAAGGGCACGCAGGUGGAGGAGAAGGAGCUCGGAGCAACUCAAGACCGCCUGGAGAGCCUGCGCAUCCUCAGCCGCCACUUCAAACUGGUUAGUUUUGACACGCUGGAAGAUCUGUACGAAAAAUGCCACCAGGACCUCGAGUGGACGACCAACCUGCUGCUGGACUCUGGAGAGAGGUUCUUCCGAGAGGACGAUGGGGAGGAGGAGGAGGAGGAAGAGGGCGCUGGAGGUGAGCGGAACACGUCCAGUCUGUGUGGAGCUUUAGGAAAACCUGAAGGGACCAGUUUACGUCCUAAUGUCCCAGUUGAACAUUUCCCCGAAGGUUGGCCACAGAGAGAGCCAGCUGGGUUUGAGGAGGUGACUCCGCAGUCUGCAGUCAGCGAGUCAGAUGAGAGAGCCGACAAUACCGACGCGCACAUGUUUGGAGGUGCUGCUGUUCCAGUUAGAAACCAAGAUCAUCCUGAUGCAAACGCAUCUCAAGGGCAUCCAAGUGGGCCUUGUGCAGCUCCCCCAGAAGGCUUUGCUUGGGGUGGAAGCUUCGAUGACGCCGUGAUAAUUGAAGAGUCCAGAGUUGAGAUGGAGGAGGAGAUCGCCAGCAUCGACGAGGUCCACCGGCUGCUGCAGGCCGAGCUAGAGGAGAUGGAGAGAGAGCAGAAGGAGGAGGAGGAGCGGGCCGGAAGGAGGCACGCGGAGGAGAGGAGGAGCCAACACCUGGACAUCCAGAGCGUUGAGCUGAAACUACCCACUGAAGUGGCGCUGCAGCUGAUUGAGCUGUUCGGCCCCGUCGGAGCAGACCCAGGUGCAUGCUCCGCUGAUGAGUAUGCAGUGCAGAUGGACCUGAGCCUGGCCAAACUGCUCCACCAGAAGUGGAAGGAAACCGUUCAGGAAAAACAGAGACAAGCAACUCUUUCCUUUCACUUGCUUCAGGAGAGUUCAGCCCACUGGGGUGAGUCACAAGGGGCCCGACCCGGAUCCCGAGAUCGGACGCAACCGGCACGUUUCCCGAAGAGCGCGGAGGGUCGCACGUCUCCGGACAACCAACCGGAGGCCCGCGGUCAGAUGCCGUUCAUGGACCACUGGAACGUGCCGCACCCCCACGUGUCUCUCAGAGACAUCAUCAAAGAGGAGCAGGCUUUGCAGGCGAAUGUGGAAAAGAACAGACAAAGUCGUGCGGACCUGGACCGACGCGAUGGAGCCACCCUGUUGAAGGAGAACCAGCUGUUCUCCCUCUUCCCCACCAUUGACAGGCAUUUCCUCCAGGACAUCUUCCGAAACAACAACUACAACCUGGCCCAGACGGAGCUGUUUCUCCGCUCUCUGCUGGAGGAGGAGCCCGUCAAGACGGUGGUCGCCCCAGAGGCUCCUCGCUCCGACCACCUCAGAGCAGCCAGCAAGGAGAGGGAGAAGAGGCAGAAGCCCCCGGAGUCAGCCGUACCCGACUAUCAGGAUACAGAGGACCCAGAGUAUGAGGACUUCAGGGCCGAGGCCACACAACAGAAGGGCCGACAGCUCGAGUGUUUCUCCAAGGCGGCCGAGGCCUACAAGCAAGGUCGCAAAGAAGUGGCCUCAUUUUACGCGCAGCAGGGGCACCUGCACGGCCAGCGGAUGCGUGAGGCCAAUCACCGCGCAGCAGUCCAGAUCUUUGAGCGGGUCAACUCCUCGCUGCUGCCCAGCAACAUCCUAGACCUCCAUGGGCUGCAUGUGGAUGAGGCCCUGCAGCAUCUGGCCCAGGUCUUACAGGACAAAACCACAGACUGUGAGCAGGGUCUGUGUCGGCCUCAGCUCUCUGUCAUCACAGGAAGAGGGAACCACAGCCAGGGGGGCGUGGCCCGCAUCCGCCCCGCCGUUAUAGACUACCUCACCAACAAAAACUAUAGGUUCACUGAGCCAAAGGCAGGUCUCGUGUUGGUGUCUUUGAAGUGAGAAGAACCUGGUUUACCGGAGUCGAGCUAAAGCUGCUAUGGAGGACGACACACACACACACACACACACACACACACACACACACACACACACACACACACACACACACACACACACACACACACACACUCUGUCUCUCUCUCUUCUUCCACAAUGCCACAUACUACAGUAUAUACUGUCCUGUCUCUUUUUUAUCCAGCAGUCGUGUAAUCCACUCUUUUAAAUUGAGGGGCAUUUUAGUUAAAAUGUUCAUUUAGAUCCUUUUUUAAUUGUGUUUAUGAAAGAUAUAACUCCAUAGGCAUGGAACACAAAUUCGUUGUUUUUUUUAAUGCAACUGCGAAGCUAGAAUGUAUGUACAUUUAAAUGCGUGACAUGAUGAUUUAUCUACAUUUUAAAGAGUCUGAUUUUUUAAAUUUUCUUUUAAGAAAACGCUGUGGGUUUUUUAAGGCUUCGUGUUGAAACAAGACGUUAUUUUAUCUGUCUUACAUUUACGGACAAGGAGUCAUGCUUGAGACAUAAUGUAAUUUUAGGAUUUUAGUCAAACUUUGAAUGGAUCACGAUUGCGUGCUCUCUGCUUGGAGGCUGCUCUCUAGGGAUUUAAGUGAUGCGGCAUCCGUUUCUGAAACGCAUUUUUAUGAUACUAAUUCUACACUUAAUGCAACUUGCCACCAAACCAGAUGCUGAGUAGGAGGAGAGGUUGGUUUAGCUCUCUCUUGGUUGUCGGGUUACAGUGCGUCUCUCUGACAGGAGGUGAGCCUGACACUCUUCAGACGAUCAAAAGGCCAAUAAAUAGGUUGCACACACUGCUCUGUGAGUUCCGCCGCGAUCGGCCUCUUUUCUUAGCAGCCGCUUCAGCGACAUACUUAGGACUUAGUCCUAAUAUAUUGAUAUUCAAACUCAGGUAAAAGAUUCCACAUUGUUAGGUUUUCUCUCUCGGGGCCAGUCGAUCACCUCCAGACUGUUCCUGGGGUUUUUCUUUUUUCUUCUUUUAUACCCUCUGUGCCAAAUCCUUUAUUCCUCAGGUUUCUACACUACUUGUGUGGGUGUAAAACAGCUCCUGUGUGAUAUAUAUAUAUAUAUAUAUAUAUAUUUUUUUUUUUUAUAAAGGUGCAUUGACAAUGUUGAGUGUACAUUAUGUUAUUGAACACAAAUUGUAUUUUUCUAUUCAUUUGUUAAAAGAUUUUACAGGGAAUAUUGUAUUGUGGAAUAAACUAUUUGUUUACAGUUUAA